UUCAUGUCGCUUUCAGAUUCCAAACCACAAGGACAUUUCAGUUUAUGAUAAAGCAUGGCUGGUUCCAUAAAGACAUUUUGGGGAAAACUACCCCAGUUCAUGUCUAGAAUACACAAUCUGCUGGCACCAUCUAGUAGUAACCUUCUACAUCAGGCUUUCUUCAAAAUUGACCAAAGGUUGACAUCGUCGGCCCUGUUUCACACAAGCGGACAAAAUCAUGGUUUGAUGGAGUUCUUUGAUGACAAAAAGAACUGGGGAGAGACAGUGGUAAAAACAGGCAGACCAUGGCGUCUUGAAGAGCUUCGAAUUAAGAGCAACAGCGAUCUCCAUAAACUGUGGUAUGUGCUUCUCAAAGAACGGAAUAUGCUUCUUACAAUGGAGCAUGAAUACAAGCGACAGUCAGAAUUGUUUCCAAACCCUGAACGCAUUGAAAAGGUAGAGGAAAGUAUGGAAAACAUCAUGCAAGUUGUGAAGGAGCGAGAUGAAGCAUACAACAUGCUCGAAACAGGAAAAACAGGAGAGCCAGAAAUACGUCAUGUCCGCAACUUUUUGGGGCUCAAACGCUACCGCCGUAGUGUGGAGCACCUUCUGCCUCCGUUUAUGAAUAAGAGAUAUUGUUUACUGCACCCUAAAUACAACCCCAAAUUACGCAAGUAUAUUGCUUUAUACUAUGAAAAGAUGCGCAUAAGCAAGGAAAAGUUUGAGAAGAGAGAGAAAAUUCGACGUAUGAAGCUUCUCGAAGAAUUUCCACAUCUUGAAGGCAAGAUUUAAACAGUGAACUCUUUGUAUGAGAUGUGUGUGUGUCAUAUUAUAUUGAAUGUAAGUGGUAGUGUUUUGACAAUUUGAUGGCAAUGCUGGAUGCAAUUAAAAAACAAAAUAAC